ACUAAACAAACCCGAGGAAAAACUAACGCAUAGGAUGGCGCGAGAGUUUAGGAAUCAUACCUGACUCGAUGGUAAACAAAAAAAAAAGCUAAAAAAAUAAACAAGUUAAUCGAAGAGACAGUUUAAAGGACGUUUAGCAAACACGUCUGUAAUAUAAAGUAUGUAUCUGUAAGUAAGUGUAAGUGUUAUGAGGCAUUCCUAGAGCGCGGAAAAGAUUUCUAAUAUCACUGUGUAUGUUGUCAACAUAAGCGUGUGGACUGGAAGCUGCAUGAAAGUACCAAGAGCUGAGUUUAGAGAUCAUAUGAGCUACUGUGGCUGUGAAAUCGGUAUUAAAUACGGAAUCCUGAACCUAGCCCUGACACUGCAUUUUAACACCUCAUCUUUACACUGUGAUGAGAGUUUAUUAUCUGCCAGUGCUAGGUAGCUACACUAUAGUUAAAGCUGAAGAGCAGAGCCAGAGCUAUGGAUGAUUGUACAGCGGGUGACAGGUCGCUUCCGGCAUGGAUGACGAAAAAACAUGACGAUGAUGUACACUCUCAGUCACAGGGUAUCUACAAAAAGAAUGUCAUUGAGGAUGAUCUUCCCUAUCUGGAAUUUGGUGGUAGAGUUAUAUACAGCCAGGAGAAAAACGAUUGCUCGUUUUUAACAGAGGAUUUAAGAUCCUCUCUCAUGCCCGGCUCGGCUGUGGGAUUUGAUUUAGAAUGGCCUCCAUCUUUCACCAAGGGGAAGACUAAGAAGGUUGCUUUGGUUCAGCUUUGCGCCUCGGAGGAGAAAUGCUACCUUUUUCACAUAUCAUCGAUGUCAGGAUUUCCUCCUGGCCUAAAGAUGUUUCUGGAAGAUGAGAGCAUCAAAAAGGUUGGGGUGGGCAUCGAAGGAGAUAAGUGGAAGCUGCUAUCUGAUUAUGAAAUUAAGCUGAAGAAUUUUAUAGAGCUCUCUGAUUUGGCAAAUGAGAAACUGAAAUGUUUUGAGAAGUGGAGCUUGGAUGGGAUGGUCAAGCACUUGUUCAAAAAACAGCUCUUUAAAGACAAGGAUGUGCGCUGUAGCCACUGGGAUGACUUUGGGCUCACAGAGGAGCAGAAACGAUAUGCUGCAACAGAUGCCUAUGCUGGAUUCAUAGCAUAUCAGAAGCUAGAAAGAAUGGUGGUGAACCCAGGUUCACUGAAAGCUCAAGAUUGUUUGAAACAGAAGCUUUGUCAGAUUAGCAGAGAGCUUGAAGACAUUACUAGAUGUAUUCCUGAGGGACUCAACUGCACAAGCAGAACUGAAAAGCUAGUGGACGACUUAUCUCAGCAAGUUGCAUCUCUUAAAGAUCUCCUGAUAAGCAACCAAAACGUGGCAGAAGAAUGUUUCUCUAAAGCCAGCCUGGAUCACAGUCCUAACUUCCAGAGUGAUGAGAUCGACACCAUGGAUCCUGACGCUAAUCAGACAUCUUCUAAUGACAAAACUGGUCAUUCCUCAUCCAGAGACCAUGUAAAGCCUUCACUGUCAUUGGAAGAGGAUAAAAGUGGCCCUGUUCAGACAGUACAGAGGGAAUGCAUCAUGUCCUUGGAUAUCUCUGAGUAUGAGCUUCAGAUGCUGGAGAUGCAGGCCAGACAGGAGGAGAACGAGGAGCAAUCCAUUUUAGCUUUCGAGAAGGAGAAAUCGGCUCUGGAAGACUCUGCCGAGUUGUCAUACGAACUUGAAGGUGAUGAGGAGCUUGACAAUGAAAUGAUUCAGUGUGCUGAGGAAAUGGAGAAACUGAAUGACAGUUUUGAAAAGCAGCCUAAUGAAGCGAAGGUAACUGCGGAUGAUGAAGAUGAGGUUGUUGAAGAGGAUGAAGCGGAAGGAUUUGAUGCAAAUCUUCCCCAGCCAACUCCUGAACAGAUUAAAUGCCUGAAAAUGUAUUUUGGACAUCACAGUUUUAAACCGGUACAAUGGAAAGUGAUUCAGUCCGUGCUUGAGCAGAGGAGGGAUAACCUUGUUGUCAUGGCAACUGGUUAUGGAAAGAGCUUGUGCUUCCAGUUCCCUCCUGUGCACUGUGUGAACAUCAGCGUGGUUAUCUCCCCUCUGAUUGCACUAAUGGAGGACCAGGUGCUGCAGCUCCAGAUGUCCAACAUCCCUGCUUGUUUCCUUGGAUCGGCCCAGACCCAUAAUGUAUUUGCUGGCUUACAAAAGGGCCACUUCAGAGUCGUAUACAUGACACCGGAAUUCUGCUCAGUAAACAUACCUCUGCUUGAACAGCUGAAUAAAUCAAUUGGUCUUUGUAUGAUUGCAGUGGAUGAAGCCCAUUGUAUUUCUCAGUGGGGGCAUGAUUUUAGAAGUGCUUAUCGAGACCUUGGCAAAUUGAAAAGAAGCCUUCCAGAUGUUCCCAUUGUGGCGCUCACGGCCACUGCAAGCCCCUCUAUUCGGGACGACAUAGUGAAGAGCCUCCACUUGGUGAACCCUCUCGUCACUUGCACCUCUUUUGACCGGCCCAACCUCUAUCUGGAUGUGAACCGCAAAUCUGGCGACAUCAUCCAAGACCUCAAGUCGUUCCUGGUGAAAAAAAGAGGGGGUGAUUAUGAAUUUGAGGGCUCAGCCAUUGUGUACUGCCCAUCUAAGAAGGAAGCAGAGAGAGUGACGUGUUCUUUAUUUAAGCUGGGCAUCCGCUGUGGAGUGUACCACGCAGGCCUCAGCAUCAAACAAAGGAGAGAGACACAGUAUCAGUUCAUGAGAGAUGAGAUACAGUGUGUGGUUGCUACCGUAGCUUUUGGAAUGGGAAUUAACAAGCCUGAUAUUAGAAAGGUCAUUCAUUAUGGAGCGCCAAAAGAGAUGGAAUCUUACUACCAGGAGAUUGGACGAGCAGGAAGAGACGGACUGCCCAGUGCCUGCCAUGUCCUCUGGACACCUAGCGACAUGGCACUCAACAGGUUUCUUCUCAACCAGACGAAGUGUGACCGAUUCAGGGGCUACAAAAUGGAAAUGAUGGCCAAGAUGGAGAAAUAUUUGAAUUCCACUAAGUGCAGAAGGAAGUUAAUCUUGUCACAUUUUGAGGAUAAGCAACUCAGAAAAGUCACUUCAGGUAUAUUGGGGACCGGCAAGUGUUGCGACAACUGCAGAUCUGGGCCCAUUAAAAGCCAGAGCCAAGACUGUUCAGAGCAAGAUCUUCAGGACUUUGGUGUGUGUGCAUUCCAGCUGAUGGGGGCAGUGAGUGCGAUGGGAGAGAAAUUUGGUAUUACAGCUCCCAUACUGCUGCUGCGUGGCUCAACUGCUCAGAGAGUUCCUGAUCGCUUUCGGCAGCACAGCUUGUUCGGCGCGGGUAGGGGUGUGUCUGAAGCCUGGUGGAGAGCGCUUGGCCGUGAGCUCAUCAAUGAGAAGUACCUAAUGGAGGCCUCUGGUUAUAAUAAGUUCAGCAUGCUCUGUAAACUCACUCCCAAGGGCAGGACAUGGUUAAGCAAAGCCCAGGAUGAGAAACACAGAACCCUCCUUCUUCAACCUAACAAAAAUCUGUGUCCAAGAGUUUAUAUGCCAAAGAAAAAAACAGAUCCGAAACCUGUUGUGGUUGAUGUUCAAGGCCAGGCUCUCCCAAGCACAGCUCAGGGAACAAAUUUCAGGUCUCAGGUGGACUCCAGGGCUGUGGUCAAGAAUGACGGAACAUCACAUUAUAGGUCAGUUCCGGGUUUGCUGCCUGUACCUAAAGCCACGCCACAGCCUCCUGCAGUCUCUGCCAGAGAAAUGGAGUUACAGACUGAGCUGUACAGCAAGCUGGUAUCUGAGAGGCAGAAGCUAGCCAGCAUGAAAGACAUCCCUCCUGCCAUACUGGCCACCAACAAAAUCCUCCUGGACCUGGCCAAGUUAAGGCCCUGCUCAGUAGCCAAGCUGAAGCUGGUGGAUGGUGUGUCUGAGGCUAAAGCAGCCAUGUUGGCUCCUCUACUCCAGACCAUCACAGACUUCUGCCAGAUACACAACCUGCAGGAGGCUGUGACUUCCAGCUCUUCUACUUCCUGUGCUGAACAGACACACAGUACACAGACAGGAAAAGCCUCAGCACUGCCUCUGUCUGACAGCGUGGCCAUGACUUACAGACUUUUCCAGAUUGAUGGCAAAAGCAUGAGACAAGUAGCUGAUGCUCGUAGCUUGCCCAUGGCAGUGGUGGAAUCUCAUCUGCUACAGGCUCAGAAGGCAGGCCAGCCUCUGGACAGUGAGCGAGCCGGCCUGUCUUCAUCUGUAUUCAACACCAUCACACGCAUCCUCUCCUCUCCUCCUCUCAGCUCGGAUCUCACUGACUUUAAGAACAUUCGUGCUGUGGUGCCAGAGGACAUCAGCACUUUUCUCCUCAGGCUGUGUGUUGCUAAGCUACAGAAUGAAGGCUUUCCAAAGCCACAGCCUGUCAAUCUGCCAUCAGAACAGCACCAGAUCACCUGGAUAGAGCCUCAGGAAAAGCUUGUCCAGGCAGAUGGUGCUGGUAAAGCCGUCACUUCAGGGCUCCGAACACACCAGCUGGAGCCAGAGCUGGACAAUAUGGACAUGAGCGAUGAUGAACUCUUUAGUGAACUUCCCAUGCCUGAGGAUGCAGGGCCGACCAGCAGUGUUGCUCAGUGUAAUGUAGAAGAUGCCGGGCCUUCUAAAAGCAGUGGAAUUGAACUGGCUUCCUGGAACCAGGAGAACCUGGACAGAGACACUCAGGAUCUGUUUAGCGUUUCACCAGUUAAGACCAAAAGCCAGGUGCCAAAGAGGAAGCUGCCUGACUGGACGGAAGCACCGACAGACUCUCUUAAUCCUGCUACAUCAAAAAAGAACAAAAAAAAGAAAGGACUCUUCAUGUGACUUUCAGUAAAAUAACACAAGUGUAUAUAGUUUUUCAGAAAUCAUUUCUGAGAUUUUUUGCACAAAAAAUACACUUUUGAAAACACUCUUUUGAUACUUUUUGCUAAAUAAAUUGAUCUUAUUUAUGUCUA